AUGAACCCUCUCUCUAUUGUCGGAGACCGGGCAAUUGCCAACUUUUCCUUUGCUGGCACAACAAAUCUGCAUAACCGGCUUCAGCUUCGAGCAAUCCCGAAUACCCGCCUCAUCAGAGCAUUUCAUCUGGAGAACUCAUUCACAACCAGUGAUGUGUAUGUACACCGCAACUUCCUCAAAAAGGCGAGCCAGGCGAUACGUCUUAUUCAAACGGAAGACUGGGUCAAGCUUGGCACAAUAACACAAACGAGCUUGGACUUAUGUCUGAAGCAUUUCAAGGACGGGCUGCCAUACGUGCCUCUAGCAUCGUUGAUACGAGUCGUCAGCUUCAGCGUCAUGCUGCAUGUCUUGUUCGGCGUUGACCCUUUGGAGAUCAACCUCGACGAAGCAAGAAAGGCAACAGAUGCCAUCAAUCGCCUUUGGGUCCAGUCCAAGGAUAAGGACUUCAUUCCAUCACUAUACGACCGAACGGUGCUCAAUAAUGCGCUCGAAAUACUCUUGCCGGCGGAGUACCCCUGUGAAGCCAGCACUAACCCCUUGAAUCUGAUUAUGCCGGCCUACGAAACGCUGUGGCGUGUCGUACUCCUAACAUUCGUGUCGAUAGCAUACCAGACCGACGAUCCAAAAACCACUGAAGAGCUUCAGGAAGCAGUUAGAAAUGUGCCGCAGUGCUUUUGCCAGGGAGGCGAGCUUGAGAUGAAAGCAUUGGCCAUAGCAAAGGAAGGUCUGCGACUAUACCCUCCGACAAAGCGCAUUUAUCGAGCACGCUUAUGCGUGUCACCUCGCGGCGAAAAGGACCCUGUGACCGCCGAUGUAGAGCGCUGGCACCGGGAUUCUAGAGUCUGGGGUGCUACCGCCGGCGUGUUUGAUCCACAGCGCUUCCACCCUCGAGGCCAUGAAAGAGACCGUGAAGAUAAUGUGGUUGCGCCAACUGCCAAUCUCCAGCCGACUCGUCAAACUCUAGAUUACCAGAGGAUUGGCUAUUUCCCGUUUGGUGUUGGCCGACACAUGUGUCCGGCGGCGGCAGGGUUUGGCGAGAGAAUCAUCACACUUCUCGUUGUUGAGCUCACCCGACGCCUUGGGGACCGACAGACCGGAUUGAAGAUUUAUUUCAACAACACGACGCUCCAGAAAGCUACUCGUACCCUUUUACCUUCCGGUCGAAGCGAUAUGGAGAAUUGGGUGUUGGAGUUGCCUGAUACAAGGGCAUCCUGA